AUGGUGGGCGUUCCUGGUCGCUCAAAGGCCUGUGUGACCUGCCUUAGGCGCAAAAAACGCUGCGAUUUGCAGAAGCCACGUUGUGGACCGUGUCGGAAAGCUUGCAUCGAGUGUGGGGGCUACUAUCGCCCUCGUAUCUUCAUCAACAAUACCGUGCAGAACCCGGACACGAAGGUUCGGACUAUGGGGGCUAGCUGCGAGCUGCGACACGACACGUUUGGGAAGAAAGCUGGCAGGAAUCCAAUUGCAGCGGAGAGUGUUGCUCUCCUGCCAUCUUUAGCUCGGUCAGCGUACCAGACCAAGUAUCUCGACCUAUUUUGGAAUCUGUAUCUGCCCAAUGGCGUCGCCCUCUCCCCCGAGGUGACCCAGCCUACGCUGGGGGGGUGGAUUGGGACCAUCCAGGAAAUCUACUCCACUGAGGAGGUUCUGAGAAAGGCUCUGUUGGCCAUGUCUCUCGCAGCGGUUGGGAAACAUGAUGGGAGUCAGUUCCUCAAAGAAGAAGGCAUGGAGCUUUAUGCUGGUGCACUGCAGGGCAUGGCGGUGGCCUUGAAGAAUCCAAAACGAGCGCUGAGCGACGGCAUGCUGACGGCGAUCCGGAUUUUCAGUCUGUAUGAGUCAAUGCAUGGCAACAAUGACGCUAGUGGACUCGCGCAGGCGAGGAGCUGGGUUGUGCAUAACUCCGGGGAUGUUGCUCUGUUGAUGGCCCGAACGCCACACUCGUUUACUACGGGCCACGCGCAUCGUCUCUUCGCAGACGGAAGAUUGCACUUGACUCUCUCCGCUCUUCGAACGAGGAAAAGGACGUUCCUUGCAGAGCCAGCUUGGAUGGCAAUACCGUGGAGCCAGCAAGAGAAGUCCCCACGAGACCAUUUGAUCGAUAUUCUGAUCGACAUCACGCCUGUGUUCGAGGAUAUGGAUAUCAUGAAGUCCUGCGAGCAUAUGCAGCAAAAGGAAGCCCUUAGGCAGCAACUAAUAGCUCGGUAUCUUGACCUGCAACAAAGGCUUGUGGACUGGAACACGCGAUUUGCACCCGACUUUGAACCGACAGGUGAAUGUCCCGAAGUCAUCCUCCCUAGCAAACUUGCAGCAGCCCAUCUAAGUACCUUGCUGUGGAGUACACAGCUCGUCGUGGCAAUCAAUAUCAAUCUCUUGCUCCACACAAGCGAGAACUCUCUCGUGGCAAUGGAUCUGGAUCGUCUCUGUGGAAACAUUGUUAAAACAAUUCCGUUCUUCUGUCACCCAUCCGUGGGACUAUUCCGUGUACACCUGACCACGUAUCCUCUCAGUGUUGCAUUGCAAUAUAUCUGCGACGUAGGAGCUGGGCGAAUGGUCGCCGAACGACGGUUACUCGUGGAUUGCCUCGAUAACCCUGCCUGCGUGGGAAUGCGGCAAUUCAUUACUAGCAUGAACGACAACCUUCCGGGUUUUCUGCAAUAG